AGGAAUUGCAGUUUCAGUCACUUCCUUAUUGGUUUCACGGGGGAGACCGGCAGGAGACUGACGCCUGGGAAGAACAAGGAAUGGUCCAAUGUCAGACAAUCAGGAAGCCCAAUCAGAUGAACUGCUGGCUCUGGCAAGCAUAUACGAUGAAGAAGAGUUUCGCAGGACAGAAUCAAGUCAGAAGGGCGAGAUCCAUCUGUGCCUCGAGCUUCCUCCUGACUUCAGACUGCUGAUCAAGGGGCAGACACGUGCAGAGGUGGAUAUUUCCUUUUUGCCACCCUUGGUUCUGAGUUUUGAACUACCUACUGACUAUCCUUCAUCAUCUGCUCCUGUCUUUACUCUGAGCUCCAUAUGGCUAUCAAGAGUCCAGAUCACAACACUUUGCAAAAGACUGGAUGAACUUUGGGAAGAGAACAGGGGCAAUGUGGUUCUUUUUACCUGGAUUCAGUUCCUAAAAGAAGAGACUCUACAGUUUCUGAACAUCCAGUCUCCACUUGAGAUCCAACCCAAUGGUGUCCAGCCUCAGGGUGAAUCUGCAGAGAGCCAAGCAGCAGCUGCUACAGAAGAGCUGGACCAGCGAGCAGUUCUAGAAGCUGAUCCUCACAGUGAUAUAUUAACCCAGCUGCUGGAUUUUAAUGAAGCUCAGAAGAAGAAGGUGUUUGAGGCCACAGUUUUUAGCUGUAAAAUUUGUUUUUCUGAGAACCUGGGCUCCAAAUUUGUGCUCUUCAAAGAGUGUCAACAUGUUUACUGCAAGACCUGUGUGGAGGAGUACUUCAAGAUCCUGAUUAAAAAUGGUGAAGUCCAGUUUCUUUCCUGUCCUGAGCCAGAGUGCACCUCCCUGGCUACUCCUGCACAGGUGAAACUUCUCGUGACCCAAGAAGAUUUUGCCCGCUAUGAUCGGCUCCUUCUGCAGUGGAGUCUGAACCUAAUGACUGAUGUUGUUUAUUGCCCUCGUGUGAGUUGUUGCAUGGCUGUGAUGCUCGAGCCUGACCGGACCGUGGGCAUCUGCCCCUCAUGCCAGUUUGUUUUCUGCACCCUCUGCAAACGAACAUACCAUGGGCUCUCUAUCUGCAAAGAAAUUGAGCUUCGCAUGUUGAAAGAAGCCAGAGAAAAAGAGCAGGAGUUACUUGAAGAAACAGAAAGGCUUUACUAUGAAAAGCGGCUGGAAGAGAUAGAAACCGAGGACACUUUAAGUGAAGACUGGGUGACAAAAAACUGUAAACAGUGUCCAAUAUGUCACACGAACAUACAGAAAUCAGAUGGCUGUAAUAAGAUGACCUGCUUUUCAUGCCGAGGGUAUUUCUGCUGGCUCUGUCUUACAGUUCUCGGUGGAUCAGACCCCUACCUUCACUUUAGAGACUCAGAGUCUCCAUGCUAUAACCAGCAAGAUGCUUGAUAAUGCGCAAAGCAAAGUCAUGUUAUAAGAGAAAGAGAGAAAGAGAGAGAGAGAGAGUUUAAUUCAAUUGAAUUCAUGUUUAUUUCUAUAACGCUUUUACAAUGUAGAGUGUGUCAAAGCAGCUUAGCAUAGUUCUAGUAAAGUUCAGAUUUCAGAGUUGAAGUUCAGUUUAGUUCAGUUCAGUGUGGUUUAAAUUUCACUGCUGAAAGUCCAAACGAAAUCAAUUGAUGCACAGCUCCACAAAUCUUAGUGGCGAGGAAAAAAAACUUCAUCAAUUGAUGAAGUGAAGGGAAAAAACCUUGAGAGGAACCAGGCUCAGUUGGGCAAACUAGUGGUUUAGUUUAGUUUAGUUUAGUUUAGUUUAGUUUAGUUUAGUUUAGUUUAGUUUAGUUUAGUUUAGUUUAGUUCAAGUCAGGGAUGUCAAACUCAAUUCCUGGAGGGCCGCAGCCUAGCACAGUUUAGUUCCAACCCUAAUUAAACACACCUGAUCAAACUAAUUAAGUCUUUCAGUCUUGUUUGAAACCUACAGGUAAAGCUGCUGUCACACCGGGCUUUGUGUGUGUGAAAUUCUGUCGUGCAGCGCUGCGAAAAGGGGCGGGAUUCAACAAGAUGAUUAGCCGUUAAAAAAAGCGAGCGAUUGCUCCAUAAUUUAAAUUUCUGUCCAGAGAGGUCCUGUUUUAAUCCUCGAUUGGUCUCACGCAGUCAAGUGAUGCGAUUUCGCAGGUCAGAGUUCACCAAGCUUGAACUUUGCACCGCAGCAACAUGCAAAACUUGACGCAUGACCUUGCGUUUCCGGUCUGACGCAUUCGCGUGCGCAUGAAUGGAAGUCUAUGGGAGGAAAAGCCCAGUGUGACCGCAGCUUAAGUGUGUUGAAGCAGGGCUGGAAUAAACUGUGCAGGGUUUGGCCCUCCAGGAAUUAAGUUUGACAUCUCUGGUUUAGGUAUCAUUGGCGUCACACUUCAUAAUAAGUUUCCGUUGGUUCAUUUUAGUUAAUGUAUUUAUUAAUAUGAAAUAUUUCACAUUUCCGGGUUUCUCAGUAGCGGAAGUCGUCAUACACAGAGUGCAGUAAAUGGGUACUUUACAUUAAUUCUUUUUUUUUUUACAAUCCUAUUUGCUGAAACAAUGAAAGAAAAAACUCCAUGAUGGUGUUAUCAAGGGUUUCAGAAGAAAAAAAAAUUAUGUGAGACUGAAAACGGCAGCCAGAAGAGAGAACAACGUCAAAUUCACUGUCCUGUCUAUAGAUGCUGUGUUAGAAACACCUCACAUAAGCGAUAAUUUGUUUUUUUUGUAAUUUGAUGCAAGGAUGAUAUAAUACAUAAAUGCAUAUAAAUGUUCAUGUGUUUUAAGAUGCGGAUGUAUGUUAAACGUAUCAUACGAGUCUUGUGAAAAGGGUCCAUUGUAAGGUGUUUCCAUUGUUGUUUGUAACUCAAACCAAUUGCUGUUUCUGGUUACUCCUAAAUAGUGCAUUAUUAGCAUCAUUUCCCACAUUAAAUCAUCAAAUUUAAUUAAUGUUUACGAUCUUAUGUUAAGUAGAACAAAUCAUAUUGUGUUUGGAGUUUUCAGAAUCAGCAUUUCAACAUACUUUGAUUUUAAUUCUAAUCAUGUAUUCUAAUUUCUGUUUAUUAUAAAAUGUAAAAUGAAGGGAAAUUAUUGAUUAAAAACAUCAUUUUCAGUUGAGUUAAUUGCCAUAAUUUAACAUUUUUAAAAAUCAGAUCUUUUAUUUGCGGCUGAAAUUGUUUAUUUGUUAUGUAUUUAUUUUAUUUAUUAACUAUUUUGAGAGAUUUAGACAAACAAAUCUAAUAUAUACAUUAGAGCUGGGUGCCAAUUCAGAUGUCCUGAUUAGAUUUAAUCCUUAUCCUGAUUCUCUCAUUAAAAAAUAAAACAAAAUACAAACAAACUAAAUUAAAUUUUAAAAUCGUUUUGCCCAGAACUACCCGUAAUGUACGUUCUGUCAUUCUGACAACCUCUGAUUUGCAGAUUUGUAGUACAUUUUAAAUGGGUAAAUAAGAUCCUGCAUUACCGUAAUAAACCUUUAUUUUUAAUCUAAAUACAGUUAUUAUUUCCUAUUUAUAAUAGAAGCACGUUAUUUUUGCCCAAAGAAAAGCUAUUAUUUUUAAAAGCACUUUAUCACUUGCACUUUUUAAAUGUAUGUACAUCAAGUAUAGCAUCCACAUUUUACUGAGAUUUAUUUAUUCACUUUUAAGCAAUCAGACACAUAAAUCCGUUCCCUAUUUGCAAUAUUUCUCUGUUCAAUAGCACCUUGCAAAAAACAAGAUGCCAAACAAUUAAGUGAUUUUUUACAUUUUUUUGAAGCAUUAUUAUGCAUGCAAUUCUGUGUGAAAAUGUCAUUUUUCUAUAGUUGUUUAUGAAUAUAAGGUGUCUGGUUUUGUCUCCACAAACAAAUGUCUAACAGAGGACGAUCAAUUUCUGCUUGUCAGACUGAGCAUUGAGAAAUGCGACUAAUGCUAUUCAAUGAAUUCUCUUCAUGAUUUAA